AUGUCCGACCUCAUUCUCAUCAAGGUUUUAAUCGAAUGGAUCAAGUGCGUCAUCACUGCGACGCCUCCCCCUUCGGCCACGGACACGUGAGUACAACGGUCUUGCUUUCAUAGCAAAUGUUUUGGUGCCAAUUCGUGCGGUCGAGCGACUACCCGGGAAAACGCUGACCAUCUGUCUCACCGGCUUUUCACACAGCAUCAUGCUCGCCGUUCGCGUCAGCGACGCGGCCAACCGCACGCUCGGCUUCAAGACGAUGCGUGUCCCGCGAGUCAAAGGUCGAUCGCCCGGUCAUCGUUUCAAAACGAACCAGUGGUCGACCCUGGAUCUUUGAUUCGAUUUCCACGGCGUCCCCGCUCGUGAGCCGACUCGAAUCUCGGUCGUCAUCUUCAAUCUCGGCGCGCUCCAACCCGACUCCGUCUUGGAAGCCGUCGUGGCCGAGAUCGAUUGCACGGGGGUCAACACCUUCACUCGACCCGGCGAAUCUUGUGCGUGUUCCUUCGUUCGCGCCAUUUUCUUAUCUUUUGAAACUUUGAGGGAAAUCAGCACUGACCUAAAGUCUUCGGGUCCAUCUGAUUCACUCCGCAGCGCAAGCCGUGGUCGGUCAUCAAGUCACUGGCGGCGCAGCCAUCAUUGCCGGCACCGCCGUCGGUGGUCCCGCCGGCGCGGCGAUCGGACUUGGCGUUGCGGGUGUCAUUCAAGGCAUCAAGCACCUCAACAAGAACCACGAUGGCGUCAUCAAGUACGAGACGAUGUGGGUGACCCCCGGUGAUCUCGCCACCGACCAAGCUGGUCGCGCCAACUGGUUCAAGUGCACAUCAUCGUCGCGACUCCCUGGCGCGCGUGCCUUGUACGAGAUGUCGCACAGGAUCGUCCGAUGCUGA